AAUAGAUUUAAGGGCGCCAGGAUUGGAUUCGUCUGGAUCGGUGGCAUUGGUUUCCCUCAGACAUCAGGAUUCUCCUCUUAGCUUGGCACUUGCAAUGGCUGCUGUCAAUGAACGAAUUGGAGAUAUGGAAAAAGUGAGAAGGGAGCUGCUCAAACUGAUGACAGAAGGCAAGGCAGUGGAGAUGCUGAAGCACAAUCUGUCCCAACAGGAGCGAAUGAUUGACAAACUUUUGAAUACUCAGAAGACCACAAAACAGCUGAUCAAAGACCUCAUGAUUACUGAGGAGAAAGUGGCACAGAGACUUUCUGACAAGGAAGAGGAGUUCAAGGCGAGCAUCCAAAAGCUGCAGAAAAUUGAACAAGAACUCCUUCAGACAAAUGAAAAGGAUGAAAAAUUGAGGAUCAAUACUAAUGAAUUGAGAAAACAGCUGGAGACUUUGAGAGAAGAAAGCAGGCAGCAGCAGCAGAAAGCAACAGAAGAAACUGACAGAACUAUGUCAGCUACGUAUCUUGUACAUCUUUAUUAUCAGAUCUGCCAGAUUGACUGGGACUAUUCUUGUGAACCACCCCUGAUCAAAGGAACCCAUUAUGGACCAGAUAUUGCUCAAUCUAUCAACCUGGACAGUAGCCAACAUUCUCCUUGCUUUAUCAGUGAUUACCUCUGGAAUCUGGUGAAUACAUCAUGGUGAACAGGCGGCUUUUGGCAAACAGUAGAUAAUAUAAUAGACAUUCCUAGGAGCAAAAUAUAUUUCAGUGGAUCAUUCUGUGUUAUAUCUUUUGGCAGAACAGUAUUCUGGAGAGUGUUAAUGGAAUAAAUGCAGACUGAAGCAAAAUAAACAUUAAUA